UUGAAUCAACUCUGAUGAAGUGAAGCCUCUGAAGACUAACAAACUCUAAAGGUCACAUUAGUGGUAUUAAUGCUCAAUCACUACAGAUAGGAACACUACGUAUAACUAAUAUACUGCCGCGGUUUUUCACUCUCUCGCUCGGUUUUUUCUCUCUCUCGCACAGGACCCUCCGAUACUCAAUCAAUUUCCCUUCUCACCAUCGAAGAACUCUCUCACAGAACCCUCCGUAACCGUAACCGAAGCUGGGUAACCAUCGAAGAACUCAAUCAAUUAUUCAAAGGUAUUCUCGUUCUUUUUCAAUUCCAGUUCAUUGAUAAAUCUCAUGCCUUUGAUCAAUUUGUUGUAUCGUUUGGGGAUUAGGGUUUAUAAUCUUUGAAAUAUUUGUAGUGAUUUUUAAAAACUUUUUCUGUUUCAAUAAAUUAAACCCUAAAUCACACUAUAUAUUUUUAACCAAAGCUACACCAGUUGCUUUCUUUGUGAUUGAAUUUGGGUUGCUUUAAAUUUGAUUAAUUUUCUGCCAAUUUUUUUAGUUGUGAGAAAGAAGAGAACCGUUCUCUAUAACCAGCACAACAACAUUUUCAAUCGAUUGUUGAGUUGUGAGAAAGAAGAGAACCAUGGGGAGAAGGAAACCCAGGGUAUUUUUCAAAAAUAUCCCCAUAGACUUUCCCACAGAGCGUCAAUCAAAUAUGCCCAUAGACCUUCCAAUAGAGCUUCAAUCAAAUAUCUUUGAUAGGUUGUGUGCGAAGGAUCAAUCAAAAGCUAUGUGUGUCUCACACUCAUGGCGCGAUUUCAUCCUAUAUUCAAUAUUACCGAAGGACGAAUCACAGCAAUCUUCCGUGAGCUUGUUUCCAAUUAAAUGUCUAGAUCUGAAAUUGCAACAACUCUUCCAUUGGUGUUCUCGAGUAAUGUGUUGCAGAGUCGGACCUAACAAACUUAUUGACUCAUGCAACGGAUUACUCUUGUUUUAUCACAACUAUGGUCGGGCUCAGAACCUCACUCAUGGUGUUUAUCACUACUAUGUGAUGAACCAUGUCACAAAACAAUGCGUGGCUGUUUCAAAGCCAAAUGGACAAAUUUCUAGAGCGUAUUCUUAUGCUACUCUAGUAUAUGAUCCUACAAAGUCUAGGUUUUUUCAAAUUGUGAAUUUUCAGGGACAUCGUCAUGUCAAUGUUUUCUCCUCUAAAAACGGCAUUUGGACUACACAGACUCUUAUUUUGCCUAAAUAUAUUAUUGCGUCUAGUUGGACCAAAAAAUCUGUUUACUUCAAUGGAUCACUGUACCGACUCUCUCGCUCAGGACAUUUGGUGAAAAUUAAAGUUGAUAUUCAAGAGAAUGUUUUAGAACAAACUGAGGCAAUAACACUCCCUCAGGAUUGUCUUUCUUUUAACUGCCAAUGGGAAUUAAGUGUCAAAGGUAACAAGUUGCUUUUUGUCAUGUCUAAAGGUUUGAAUUUUGUAGUUUACGAACUCGUUGAAUGUGUUUCAAGUGGUGUUACAUCCUGCUCAUGGUGCACUAGUCAUAGAAUCCAAGAUGAUGGUUCUAAGUGGUAUUAUCUUAAUAAAUUGUUCAAGCUCUUGUCCUUUCACCCUUACGAUGAUGUGGCAUUUUUCAAGGGCUAUAAUCACCUCUUUUAUUACAUCUUUAUUGGUAAUAAUACCAUCACAGAUCUUCAGCAGGUUCCAUCUUGUGAAAUUCUUUAUGACUAUUUUGAGUUUUGUGGGAUCCCUUUGGUUGAAUGCUACUCCCCUUUCGCUUGCCGCUUAAAUGAAGAGCAUCCAAGAGUUUUUCAACGGCCACCCAUUCCAACAGUGAUUAGGGUGAUUUCUGGAUAAGCUAAAAAUUGAAGAUUAGGGUGAAGGUUUUUAUAUAUAAUUGAAAUUU